AUGGGAAACGGAGAGAAACAAUACAAAGCUCAUCUUUUGGCUAUUCCAUAUCAAAGUGUGGGCCGCAUAAAUCCUAUGCUUCAGUUAUGUAAGAAACUCGUACGCAAAGGGCUGAAUGCCACACUAGCCAUCACCUCCAAAGUUUCGUAUCCAAAAUCAGACAUAGUCCAGAUUGACAUAAUAUCCGAUGGCUAUGAUGAAGGUGGCUUCUUCAUAGCUGACCCUGUCCCAAUCUCCAUGGCUCGCUUUAAAGAAGUUGGCUCACAAUCAAUUCUUGAACCCCUGAAGAAGUAUGAAUCCUUAGGGACUCCAAUUGAUUUCAUCAUCUACGAUUCAUUGACACUGUUUGGAUUGUAA